AUGAAGUCUUGUUCAUGAAGAAGAGAUGUUGAUCUUAUCUACAAUUGCCAGCCCACACAUAAAUAAGCAGAAUCACGCUCGAAUAUUCAAACCUCCCCCACUUUUCCUCUCCACUUUCUCUCUCUCUAAUAAGAUUCGUCCAUAUGCGACGCCGCGACCUCGACUCUUCCCCUCCCCACCCUUAAUUAUAUUUCAUGGAAUCUCUUUCUUGCUUCUUACCCUAACCUUAAAGCUUUGCUUAUAUAUACGCCUAAUCACUUAUCCCUAUAUCUAAUGAUCUGCUAAUGUAAUAAAAUGGUGAUUAACGGCCAUAAUCACAGUGAUUUGUCGGAGAAUAUGCAGAGGUGCUGUGAUUAUAUCAAGGCGUUGGAGGAAGAGCGUGCCAAGAUUCAAGUUUUCCAACGCGAACUCCCUCUCUGUCUCGAGCUCGUCACACAAGCGAUUGAGACAUGCAGACAGCAGCUGUCGGAAACGACGACCGAUCACAAUUUACAUGGCCAAUCGGAUUGUUCGGAGCAUACAUCUAGUCAUGUUUUUGAGGAGUUUAUUCCGAUGAAGAUGGCUUCUCCCGAUAGCGAUGGGGAAGAGGAGGAUUCGAAGAUUAAUGAAAGCGUUAAGAAAUCGGAUUGGCUUAGAUCCGUACAGCUGUGGAAUCAAACUCCAGAUCCAUCUUCCAAAGAGGAUUCGGGUGUGAAACUUACUGGGUCGGAGGUGAAGAGAGAUGGCGGCGGCGCAUUCCAUCCCUUCAAGAAAGAAAGACGUUCUGUUGUCAGUGAUGGUACUGCGGCGGCGCCGGCAUCCACCAGCUCCACGGCGGAGAACGGCGGUGGAGGAGAUAAGAAGGAAGCGCAGAGAAAGGCGAGGAGAUGUUGGUCGCCGGAACUGCAUAGGAGAUUCUUGCAAGCACUUCAACAACUAGGAGAUUCACACGUCGCCACACCAAAACAAAUUAGGGAAUUGAUGAAGGUUGAUGGGCUUACAAAUGAUGAAGUUAAGAGUCAUUUACAGAAAUAUCGGUUGCACACGAGAAGGCCAAGCUCCUCAACUCAUAGCAACAAUGCACAAACACCUCAAUUCGUGGUGGUUGGAGGAUUAUGGAUGCCGUUGGAAUAUACUUCCACGGCAUCUGUGAAGGUGCCCGGUGGCACCACCUUCGCUUCACCGCCACCACCCUUCCAAGAGGCACUACCGUCGCCUAAAAAAAGGCAACAAGUUAAGGCAUCGUCGCAGUCUAGCUCUGCGGCCACCUCGCUCUCACCGGCUUGCUAGCUUUCUCUCGUGUAGAGAUAGAUACUCUGCAGUCGCUACUCGUGCAUGUAACAUGUCGGUUUUACUAUAUAUAGAGUUAAAUUGAGUUCGGAUAUUUUGUACAUUUUUUUUUGUGAAAUUAUAAAUGUUUUGUUAUGUUA